AGCACGUGCGUUUGGGUUUAUACGGUCCACCAAGAAAACGAAAUGCACAAAGUAGAGAAUUUGGCCCAAGUUUCAUGUAUUUACCUGGCGUUUUUGUAUUUUUUUUUUAAACAGACUGACUGCUGAUUCCUUGGUACAAUUCAUAUGGGGCGAAGCCGGUCUCGUAGCAGGUCUCAUGAGAGGUCCGCAAGUAGGAAAGGAAGAGCGCGAGGACCAGAAAAGAACCGUCGGAGGUCCAGUUCUUCAUCUUCAAGCUCUAGCAGUGCUAGCUUAAACCCUCACGCACGUGUCUCUAGCAAAAGUACAGACCAGAAAACAGAGAAGAAACAUAAAAGACGGAGGAGUUCUUCAUUAUCAUCAUCAUCAUCGUCAUUACAUAGUUCAUCAUCUUCCUCCACCUCAUCCAGUGAUGAAGAGGCCAAGGAGAAGAGAAAGUGCAGAAAGGCCAAAAAGCGACUUAAGAAAAUGAAAGCAAAGGAAAAGAAGAAAGAGAAGAAGGAGAGGAAAAGACUAAAGAAGAUGAAGAAGUUAGCAGCUAAAGCUGAGAAAGCAGCGAGUAAAGCACCACUUAUGAUUACUGUUCCAGUAUCAGUUCACAUAGAAAAACCCCAGUCAUGCUUAGAGACCUGGCAAAGUGACGAUACUACAGAACAUGGUCCAGUGAUGACUGAUGAGCAGAAGGCUAGUUUUUCCACCAAGCGGCCUAUGACAAAGGAGGAGUAUGAAGCCAGACAGAGUGUCAUCCGUAGAGUCCUUGACCCUGCCACAGGGCGCACAAGGCUUGUAAGGGGAGAUGGAGAGGUUUUGGAAGAGAUUGUCAGCAAGGAGCGGCACAAAGAAAUCAGUAAGCAAGCCACCAAGGGAGAUGGUUCUGCAUUCCAGAAGAGACUAGGAAUUAACAAGUAGAGCAGCAACGGAUCCACGUAAAAGCACUCAAGCCUGAACCCUAAGGAAUCUCAAAGCACAAUCAUUAUCAUCAUAAUUAUGAUAGUUGUCCUUUAAUUUCCAAUGCCUUAGAUCCACAGAAUUUGUCAAAUAUGUUAUUUGAGCAUUUUGCAUAUAAUGCUUAAGAGGUCAUAAAAGAUGCAGUUCCUAUAUGA